AUGAACGGAAAAGUUGAUUUUGCUUCAACCAGUGAAGACGAGUUCCCUGACUUGGACGUCAUCUUUCAGAGAAGCAAAACAAUCGGACGUCGCGAGAAGUCUUCCGCACAGCGCACUACAACCAACAAAUGCGAGUCGACAGAUGGCAUUGAUGAGAAGGCAAAUGGCUUGGGAAAAAGAAGGGAUGGCGAUUUGGACGUGAGGAAGCAGGAACCUUCUACAGCACCACCAACUGUACGACGUCGAAAACUUGGACGGCAAUUAGACAACCCAUUGUUGAGACCUCUGGGAGGACUCGAGAAUAACGAUGAACAGAACCUGCUGAAAGUUACUGUCGAGACCAGGACUUCGCCGAGCGCUAGUGUUCGUGUGCUACGCAAUUCAGAUCGAGUUGAGCAACCUGUUAACCCUCGGUCUCGAAGCGUAGGCGAGGACUCAGAAGACAGCACAAACGAGACGACAGAAAUUACCGAAGCCGACAUCUCAGAGUUCUUUGGGGACUCAGCCUCUGAAUCCGAGGAUGACGACACCUCAAUGCCGUUUGGCCCCGAAAAGCCUGUUUUGAAAGGUCGCCGCCAUCCCCCUCGGAGUCACCAGGAGGGCAUCGUCAACGCAAAACAUCGGCCGUCAACUUUGAGGCACACGCUGGAUCCUGCAUUGAGCAACUCAAAGUUAACUAGAAGACAAGAGCCCCUACAGGGCAGUACAAAUAAGAACCACCGGGGGGAGAAGACCCUUGAUCAAAACAUCAUGCAUUCAAAGUCAACGGUUGUUGAUUUGACGGACCAGGUGACUGACACUCUUCGCCUAAUGGAUCUCAGGACAAUCAACAACCAAAGAGAGCAAGAAAAGCAGAAUCAAGGCAGCGACAGCGUGACGCCGCCAUCAACACCACCAAGGCUUUCCAACAAAGUCCUGACGUCUCCAAAGAAGCUUUGUGGCAUUCCAAAAACUCCGCAUAGACCUAGCAUGGACCUGUUCUGGAACCAAGAGUUUGUAGAUGAGUGGAACGAGGAGCAUUCCCCCAAGAAGUUGGCUCUACCUUCCGCGCAGAAAAGCUCAGCGAAAAGUCCGGUGAAAGCCAGAACCAGCAGGGCGGAAAGUACUAAACGGAGAGAGACGAAAAAGUCGUUUGAAAAGAGGAAACACGAUGUAGCACUUGCAUUUCUCCGGGAACUUGACGACAACAUCACCCAGGGUAGGCUACAAUUGUUGGCAGAGUCUACCGGAGGGAUCAAGAUAAACUGGUCGAGCAAGCUCAACACAACCGCUGGCAGGGCCAACUGGAGGCGAGAGACAGUCCGGAGCAAAUUGAGUGAUGGCACGGACAAUUCCGUUACGCACCGCCAUCACGCCUCCAUCGAGCUCGCGGAGAAAGUGAUCGACGAUGAGAACCGCCUUCUUAAUGUUGUUGCACAUGAGUUUUGCCACCUAGCUAACUUCAUGAUCAAUGGUAUUACUGGUAAUCCCCAUGGGAAAGAGUUCAAGGUAUGGGCCGCCAAGUGUUCGCAAACUUUUGGCGACCGAGGUAUCGAGGUCACCACGAAGCACUCGUACGAGAUCGACUUCAAGUACGUCUGGGAGUGCACUGAAUGCGGUCUUGAGUAUAAGCGGCAUUCAAAGAGCAUCAAUCCUGAGCGCCAUCGUUGUGGCUCCUGUAAGGCUCAGCUCAAGCAGACGAAGCCUGUGCCACGCGCAGCUGCCAAGCCAUCCGAGUACCAGAUGUUUUUCAAGGAGCAGAUGAAACUUGUCAAGGGGCAAUAUCCCAAGAGUCCUCAGAAGGAGGUAAUGAGAAUCAUUGCCGACAGGUGGGCAAAGCGAAGUGUUAGCAACCGCGCUACUCCUGAGUUAGAUCAGAGCGCCCCUAUUCCGGAGACGGGCGUUGACAAGAUUGGUGCUCGACUAGGUAACAUAACGUUGUAA